AUGUGCCCCAGAUGUCAGGAGCAAUUCGAAAACUUUAACGAUUUCUUGUAUCACAAACGACUUUGCGAUGAAAAAGCAAUUCAAAUGGGUGAAGAGAGAAUGCACUCAGAUCCCGAAGACAUGGUUGUGUCUGGGGACGAAGAAAUGGAUAGCCCCAACAAACGAUUAGAACAAGUAAGAAGGCAUCGUCAGGAUGCUGAAAAUAAUAAUAGCCUAGAAGAUGGGGAAGCCGAAGUACCUGAAGCUGAUGUUCCUCCUGUUGGAUUACCAUUUUCGGUAGCAGGGCAUGUGACACUAGAAGCACUUCAAAAUACGAAGGUUGCUGUGGCACAAUUUGCUGCAACGGCAAUGGCUAAUAACGCCAACAAUGAAGCUGCUUUACAUGAGCUGGCAGUAUUACAGAGUACGUUGUUCACAUUGCAGCAUCAGCAAGUGUUUCAACUUCAAUUAAUAAGACAGUUGCAAAAUCAAUUAUCAUUAACGAGGAGAAAAGAUGAUCAACCACCAAGUCCACCACCGGUUGAACAAGAAGCGACCGCUCCAUCGACUCCGGUUCGAUCACCAUCACCGCCUCGUCCGCCACGGGAGCCAUCUCCUGCUGUACCGACUCCUCCCUGUAGCCAAAGCUUGCCAUCGACCCACUCGCAUAUCACACCUAAAAUUGAACCGAUUUCCAUCCCUAAACCGCCAACCGCAUCUCCACCUAUGAUGUCACACCCACCCUACAGCUCCAUCUCGUCAUCAUUAGCUUCUUGUAUUAUCACGAAUAAUGAUCCUCCACCGUCCCUUAAUGAACCAAAUACGCUUGAAAUGCUACAGAAGCGAGCGCAAGAAGUACUUGACAAUGCAUCACAAGGCUUAUUAGCAAAUAAUUUAGCUGACGAACUGGCCUUUAGAAAAUCUGGCAAAAUGUCACCCUAUGAUGGAAAAAGUGGAGGUAGAAAUGAACCGUUUUUCAAACACAGAUGCAGAUAUUGUGGAAAAGUAUUUGGAAGUGACUCUGCACUUCAAAUACACAUUCGGUCACAUACAGGCGAGCGACCUUUUAAAUGUAAUGUUUGUGGAUCAAGAUUCACAACAAAAGGAAACCUUAAAGUUCACUUUCAAAGACAUACAUCUAAGUUUCCACACGUAAAAAUGAACCCGAACCCAGUGCCAGAACACUUAGACAAAUACCACCCCCCACUUCUUGCACAACUAUCUCCGGGGCCAAUUCCAGGGAUGCCCCCACAUCCUCUUCAGUUUCCUCCUGGUGCACCAGCUCCAUUCCCGCCAAGCUUGCCAUUGUACAGACCAACGCAUCAUGAUUUACUUCCUCCACGCCCACUCGGUGACAAGACACUUCCACCACACCCAUUGUUUACAAUGAGAGAAGAGCAAGAUGCACCUGCAGAUUUAAGCAAACCUUCUGCACCCAGCCCAUCAAGAUUAACAUCUGACAUGUUUAAGUCUGAACCACAAGACGAUGAGAGCCAUCGCGAUUCUAGUUUUGAAGAAACUGACCGAAUAUCACCUAAGCGAGAGCCAGAGGAGAAUGAACCCGUACAUGACGCAGAACAAGAUCGAUAUCCAUCCACUUCACCCUACGAUGACUGCAGUAUGGACUCGAAGUAUAGUAAUGAAGACCAAAUUGGAAGAGAGAGUCCUCACGUGAAGCCGGAUCCUGAUCAACCGGAAAAUCUUUCAAGUUCGGAGAGCGGGCGGAGUGCGCGAGCUUCACCGCCAUCACCGUCCCCGCCGCCGUCGGCGCUGUCUACGCCGCCAGGGCUGCCGCACCAUUCACCGCUGCCCUCGCCGCCUACGCCCCUGGCUGCACUGGGCGCCCUCGGCGGAUCGCCUUUCAGCCCGCUCGGACUUGCGUUCCCUCCCGCAGUGCGUGGAAACACAACGUGUACCAUCUGCUACAAAACCUUUGCGUGCAACUCAGCACUGGAGAUACACUACCGAAGUCACACUAAGGAGCGACCUUUUAAAUGCACCGUCUGUGACAGAGGCUUCUCUACUAAGAGCAGUGGCGGUUGCCAAUGCGGCAGGCGCGCACGUGCCCCUCGCCCGCCACACGCCACUGCUUUGGACCUCUGGAACGCCUUCGUCUAUCCGGGUAACAUGAAGCAACAUAUGCUUACGCAUAAAAUACGUGAUAUGCCACCAAGCUUCGAUAAGAACGGAAGUAACCCAGCGAGCAGUGAAGAUGGACGGGAACCAAGUCCCGAGAGGCGAUCUUCGCCCGAUAAAAUGGAUCUGAAGCGGUCACCCCCAGUACACCCGCCACCACCCAUACAUCACCCGCCCUCUAUUGAUAUGCCACCUUUACCAAAGAGACCUACAGUGCCAAGUGCGCCUGUACACCCGCCACUCUCAGCAUCAUCGAAGCAUUUAUGCGGAGUGUGUCGCAAGAAUUUCUCGUCUUCGUCAGCUCUUCAGAUUCACAUGCGGACUCAUACUGGCGACAAACCAUUCCGCUGCGCAGUCUGCCAGAAAGCUUUUACUACAAAGGGAAAUCUAAAGGUACACAUGGGGACUCAUAUGUGGAGCGGAGGAGCAUCACGACGCGGGCGCCGUAUGUCCCUGGAGCUGCCACCACGGCCUUUGCACGAGCCUCAUGAUCUGCUGCGACGACCUGACCUAUUCUACCCCUAUCUCCCUGCACCCUUCCUUAACGGCAUGCAGCAAAAGCUGAAUGAAAUAUCGGUGAUACAACAAAGCGCUGGGCAGAACGGAGUAGCCGGUAAGUUCCCGGGUCUACUUGGCUUCGGUGCAUUUGGGGCUGGUCGACCUGGUGCAGCGUCACCUUUGGAAAGGCCGCCAUCUUUGGAGAACGAUGAACGUCAAGCUGCCAUGCGGGAGUUAGCUGAACGCGGGCGGGAACUCGCGGAGAGACGGCAGAUGCGCGAAGAGAGUGAUCAUUACAGAUCUCCUGUGCACGCUCCGCCUACACCCGCGCAGCCUCCUUCACCCGCAUCACAUCACCCGCAUCAACAUCCUUUAGGCUCUCUACCACCACCCGCUAGAACCGAAGGUCUCACUGUCUGA